CCGAAGACACCGGUCAUGCGAGCGACCUCGUUUAAUUUCCUAAUAUCGGGAGUUGAUCCGCUUUGAAUCUUCGACUUCUCCUUCGAUGGCACCUAGGAGGAGUGCGUUGACUCUGGGGCUCGUGAGGAGACUGUAGCAGUAGUCUGGUCAUGGCGUUUCCUCAGGGAUACUUGUACCAGUCGUCGCUGUCUCUGUACUCGUGUCCUCCGUACGGCUCCAGCGCGAUCACCGGACCGCGGACGGACGAUCUGGGACGGUCCUCCAACGGAUCUGCUUUCGCCCCGUACGCGUCCACAGCCUUCACAAACACCACAGCCUUCAGCUCACUCCAGUACAGUCCCGAAUCCACAGCCCCCUUCACUUCCUAUGGGGGCUCCCCAUAUGACCCUUCUCCAGGCAUGACUGGCUCUAUAGGCUAUCAUCCGUACGCCGGUCCCCUGGGCCCGUACCCGUUUGGAGACCCCGCUUACCGGAAGAACGCCACACGAGAUGCCACCAGCACCCUGAAGGCCUGGCUCAACGAACACCGGAAAAACCCUUACCCCACCAAAGGAGAAAAAAUCAUGCUGGCCAUCAUCACCAAGAUGACCCUCACCCAGGUGUCCACCUGGUUCGCCAACGCCCGCAGAAGACUGAAAAAAGAUAAUAAAAUGACUUGGACGUCACGGAACCGGAGCGAGGAUGAAGAUGAGGAGGACAGCAUUGAUUUAGAGAAAAACGAUGAGGACGAUGAGCCGCUCAAAACAGCCGAAACAACACAGACGACCAGAGAUUUAGUUGUCGAUGACUGCACGGGAAGCCGCUCGGAAGAUCAGGACGCGACGGAUAGUGUUAUCAUCGACGGUGGAGAAGAAGAGGAGCAUCGGACAGAGUCUCCGGUGCCCACGACCUCCUCUCCCCGAGACGAGCCCAGCGAAACCGAGAAGCCCCUCCGUGAGAACUGCAAACCCUCAUCUGUCCUUCAUUCCGCAAACCCGACCCCCAAACCCAAACUCUGGUCUCUGGCCGAAAUUGCUACGUCGGAUAAGAGGAGUGAAGAAGCGUCACAGCCAUCAUCAGGGGCGUUAUCGCCCGCCGGGUCACCAGCGCAGUGCCCCUUUCCCCCCAGACACUUAUACUACGCGUCUCCUUUCUACGCGGGCUUCACGAACUACGGCGCUUUCGGAAACCUGAACGGUUCGAACCCGGCGCAUCUGAGCGGAAUUAAUCCGGCUGCGUUACACCGAGCGAGAGACAGCAGACUGACUCUGGAGAUGUGCAAAGAGCUCACCUUCGAGCACAAGAGGGCGAAUGUUUAGCGUUUCUAUUUAUCGAAACGUAGGACGAAUAGCAAAUGAAAAGCGUUCUUUCUGAACUUUCCACUAAGCAUAAAACUGUUUUUUUUAUAUAUAUAUUUAAAAAAGAACAUUCUUUUCUUAACAUAUCUAUCGUUUAUUGUGAGAUAUUCGUGCA